AGUUCAGAAAAGCGCAGAUCCGUCGCCUAGCUUCAGGAACGCACCUGGGGUAACGAGAUAAUGCCACGCUCCCCGACAAAUUUGCUGCCUCGUGGCGUCAACUCCUACAGUCUUGAGGCGAUCAAUACGGCGAAAAGCAAUUCCUCGCCAUCUCCCGCCACAAGUACCGAAAACAUCUCCUCCCCUACCUCCCCUGCCGCCUCGGUACCGAAAGAACGACGGGCCUCGCAACGCUUUGAAUGGGAUUUCCGCCUCGACGGAGAUCCCCCCCCCCGGGAGUCACCCCGUGCCAGCGCUCAGAUCUCGGAAUCAAAUUAUCCAGAAAAGAAUGCGGGACCGGCCCUGCUUUCAACACUGUCUAACACCACGUCGCACCGGGCUUCGAGGUCUUCCAGCCUGCUCCCUUCGCCCCAAAGAGCGGCCCUGUCGGGACAUGCUUCCUCCACAGUGACCCUUUCCUCCCCCACUCCCUCCGCUCCUCACCCUGAUUCUUCGGCGCUCAUGGUCGCCUCGAAACCAGGCACCAAUACACACAAGUAUCAAAGCGGAGGGGACACGUCUUUGGGUCCUGUCUCUCAGGAGUCCGCCCUCCCCGCCCGACGGGGAGAAGGCGGGGGGGAGGGAGGGCUGGUAGGAGGGAAGGAGCAGGCCCUCCAAGGGUCUCGCAUUCCCUCCAAAACGAGGAGGAGGCGUCUGGGGAAGGGGAGGGGAAGAAAGGAGGGAAACGGCGAGGAGGAGGGGGAGGGAAGGAGGGAGGGAAGGAGGGAGGGAGGCGCGGCAACCGAGGGAAGGGUCUAG